AUGUCGCAAGAUGUUGGUGGUAUGCCCCCUCCAGAAGGGGUCACACCUGACUUUGAUGGAGGCUCGCCCCUUCAGAGUUCAAUUGUCGUCGUUUACUUGAGUACUUUCGCUGUUGCAACCGUUACAUUACUAUUACGUCUCUAUAGCGGUAUCGCCAUUGUUCGCAAACUAGAUUGGGAUAUCCCCUUGAUUAUACUGUCAUGGGGAGUAUCAUUGGGCUUCUUUAUUGGCAUAAUGCUUGCAAUGCCUUCCGGCUUCGGCAAACAUCUUUGGGAUGUAAGAGCAACUAGUCUUCCGGGAUACUUUCGGCUUUUGCUCGUCAUCGGUCUUACAUACGUAUGGCCACCAACUCUCGCCAAAUUAGCCAUACUCGUCCUAUACUAUCGCCUAAUUCCAAAUCGUGGGUUUCGUUGGGCAAUUUAUGCCACAGCCGCUGGCCUUGUUAUUUAUACGCUUGUUUUCACUAUUCUGUUGGCUUGGCCGUGUCAUCCACUGAAGCCUGGUACAACCGCCUGUGUUGUCAAUCUUACCGUGUCACAAGCUGUGCUCAACAUCGUCAGCGACGCCAUAGUCAUUAUCCUUCCAAUACCCUUGAUUCAUCGCUUGAACAUGCCUUUGAGACAACGAGUUACUGCUGGAUUGCUCCUUGCGCUCGGUUCUGCAGUUGUCGUGGUCUCAUGCAUUCGCUUCGGAUACGUAAAAAAGAUGGAGAACAACCCCGACGUUACCUGGACACAGGCUUCAGCUGCACAGUGGAGCUGUAUUGAGAUGAACACUGGCAUUAUUUGCAACUGUCUCGCUCAUCUGAAGCCAUUUGUUCGAAAGCAUCUUCCUUUCCUCAGUAAAUUUGUUACCAGGGGAUCCUCAAAUUUGUCGCACCCUGACGAGCGCAGCCAGGGUCGGAGCCAUAAGUGGAGGGGAGACAAAUCAAGUCAUAGAUAUGAGCUGCAUAGUGUGGGUCGGUCCCAACAGCCAUCUCACGAGAACAAUGAACCAGGCAUUGUCGUCGUUGAUGAAGUCCAAGUAGAGUUUACAUCAUCAAAGGAAAAUGGCGAUGCAUCAAGUACAGAGGAUAUUCUACGGAACUCGAGAUAG